AUGGGCCGGAAGAGGGAGAGAGACGAGCCCACGGCCGACCCCUCGGUCGACAAGAUGGACGAGGAUGACGAGGACUUCGACAUUGUCAACGUCGACUUUGAGUGGUUCAACUUUGACCCUGAGAUCGACUUCCACGGCACCAAGGGUCUCCUGCGACAGCUCUUCGACGUCGACGCGAACCUCUUCAACAUAUCGGCCCUGGCGGACUUGGUGGUCUCACAGAACACCAUUGGCUCGACGGUCAAGGUGGACGGCAAGGCCACCGAUGCCUACGCCCUAGCCACCGUCCUCAACCUGACGGAGAAUGCGCACAAGGAGCCCAUCGGUGACAUUGCCAAGUACCUGGCCGACAAGGCACGCACGAACCCUUCAUUAUCCUCUGCGGUCCCCCCGCUGCUGGCCGGCACUGCCGGCGGGAAGCAGCAGGUUGGCAUCAUCUUCUCCGAGAGGUUGAUCAACGUUCCUCCCGAGAUUGCCCCGCCGCUCUUCUCCAUGAUGAUUGACGAGGUCGAGGCCGCUGUUGAGGACAAGGAACCAUACGACUUCACACACUAUCUCAUCAUCUCCAAGACGUACCGCGAGAUCGAGUCGGCCCUCGACGUUGAGGACAGGAAGCGCAAGAAGGCCAAGGGUGGCGAGCCUGCCACCUUCUACUUCCACCCUGAGGACGAGGUGUUCCAGAAACACGCUAUCGCCUACGGCAGCUACAACUUCACAAAGGAGAACGAGCUGGCCGCUGACAGCAAGCGCGCUUUCCAGGAGAUGGGCAUCAAACCUUUUGGACAUAUGAUCCUCAUCGAGGCUAGCAAGUUCCCUGCCGCUGUCAAGGCUGUCCAGGAGUACAUAGGGGGGCCGCAGCAACAAUGA